CGUUAUUAUAUGUAGUAUGUACACCGCAUCACCGCAUCACCUUUAAAUUAACAAUUCUACUUGUGGAAGCCCACUAAUAGCACUACUGUAGUGAGAUAUCAUAUUUGAGGACUGCAAGAAAGCGAUAGCGUACGCGUUCGUACCUUAGCAGACAUGUCGGGCCGACAGAAACGGCAAGUGUCAGAUACUGAUGAUAGCGGGAGUGAUAGUAGGGGUUCCGCCCCUCAGUCGAAACGGGCGAAGUCGCUGAAACAGAUAUUCUCGGAUUCAGACAGUGGCAGUGACUGGAACGAUAGUCCGUCGAGGCCUGCGGCGAACAGACGUAGUCGCAGCCGCAGCCGUAGUCACGGCCGGAGCAGAAGCGAAUCAGAUUCGAGUCUUUCAGAUAGUGAUUCCGAGCUCUCGGACGGCGGCAAUGGGAUCUACAAAGAUGAAAAGGAGAGGCAAAUGGUGGAUGCCAUGACUGAGCUGCAACGAGAAGUGUGGAUUGUGGAGAGAACAGAUGAGAACGAGAAGAAGAAGGCGCGCCAGAAAAUCGAGCGCAAAAUGCGCAAAAGUCGGCGCCAGAAGGACCGCGAGCAGCGGAGGAGAGAGGAGGGUUCAUCUAGGAGGAGUCGAUCCCCUGAAUCGGCACGUAAACAAGCUCCUAAGCCGAGGGUUAGUAGCAAACCAGAAGCAUGGACAAGUGAAGAGGAGUCGGACUCUGGAUCGGAUGAUGACCACAGACGCUCAUCCCGAGGGGAUAAGGGGAGUGCAAGGAAGCGCGACGCAUCACCCGAGCCCGAAGUUACCGUAGAGCACCUCAACAGCAUCAAACUCUCUCGGCACAAAGUCACCAAAUGGCACAACUUGCCUGAGUUUCCUGAACUGGUAGUCGGGUGUUUUGUGCGGGCGUCGAUUGGGACCGCCAAUGGCCGCAGUGUCUACCGUGCCGUAGAGGUGUUGGAUAUGACGAAGAUGAAAGGGUCCAAGUCAUAUACACUCGGAGGCCAUCCCUGCAACCAGCUCCUGACUUGUGCAUUUGGGGUGAAUAAGCGAGACUUCUACCUGAAGUACGUAUCAGAUGGACUCAUCACAGACCAAGAAUUCAGUCAACUGAAGGCGCAGUUGGAGAAGGAUGGUAAAAAGCUCCCAUCUAUGAAGACAAUUAAAGCGAAAACACAGCAAAUUGAAGAUAUGCUAAAUAAGAAAGUAACAACUGCCGACAUCGAGUACGUCCUCAAGCAGAAAAAGGAUCAGUCUAGGCACCGACUGGACAUCCAGAGAACCUAUGCGUCGGAGAAAAUCAGAAUGGAAACCGAGAAGGCCGUGGCACAGCAGGAAGGCGAUGAAAAAGAAGUAGAGCGCAUCGAUAAACUACUUGACGGCCUCGAGGCCAAAGCGAACACGGAUCGAAUGGCGUUCAAAAAUCGUAAAACAAUCGCCGCCAUGGCCCACAUUAAUGAGCGAGCACGUGUUCACAACACAUUUCAACGAGACACAAAGACACCGCUCGACAAAUCUCUCGAGGAUGGAAUGAAAUACAUGCGCGUGAAGACCCGCCCUGUCAUGCUCACAGCAAUAGAUAGAGAACGCAUUCUGGCCGAAAGAGCCGAGCGAGAUGCCAUAGCCGCCAACGGGACUGCUGAUACCGCCGAGGCACGCGCGGAAAAGGAAAGAGUAGAAAACGAAGCUGAAAGAAAGCGCCGACAAUCGUUGGAUGUGUCUGAUCUCAAAACAUUGCAUGGCUUCGACUUGGAUCUGGGCAGCCGCAUCGACGAACUCUGCGCCAAAUAUGUGUUUGUCGUCCCGGAACGUCCCGAUUCUGAUGACGAGGAUACACCGGUGGAUCGCAUUGCUUUGCGCGCCAGACGAUUGAGUGAGUUUAAGAAAAGGAAAGGACUCACGUAAGCCGUGGUCGGUGACAGCGGUGGAAAAUAGUCUCAGAUACAUGUUUGAUACCAAUAAAGUCACAUAUUUCAGUAA